AUGUCUGAAAACACAUCAGGAUCAAAGGAGAAUCUAACCUCUUCUGAAAAACACUCUAAAACCAAAGAGGUAAGCAUUUUGGUAGAAUUUCUUGCUGUACUCGUUAUUCAUCAAUAUGGAAUUUCAACUCAGAAUGUUACUUACCUUUUAACUGGUAACUCUAUAACACGUGUCUCUUUCUUUGUGUUUCAGGAUAACCUAUCUAUACACAGUGAUCUGUCAGCUAGCAGUGACCGUCUCUCAGACAAACCUCAAAAGGUGAGGCUGGUGUUACACAAUGCAACUGGCAUCCAAUUUGUUUUGCAUGCAACUAGGUUGCAUUUGGAUUGCUUCGUAUCACACCCCCAGCAAAUAAUAAGCAACUCUUAAUUUCUGUCUUUUUUAUGUGUCUUUUUAUGUCUUUAUCUGUCAGAACAAACUGGUUGGAGCAAUGAACAAGCUGAAUCCUUUUAAAUCAACUCCCAAAGUAAGACAUCAUAGCUGUUGUACUAGCCAAUGAGAUUACACUAAUAAGAUCCCUUACAGAAAAAACACAUAAUUUCACAUGCGGAAAAUCACAUGAUUUCAUGUGAAAUUUCAAUUCAAAUGUCAUCACGUGAAAUUCAUGUGGUUUUUCCGUAAGGGAUGCUUAUUUUCUUUCAUUAUCAUUAUUAUAUGAUAGUUUGAACUAUGAAGAUACAGUAAUUAAAUUAUAAGGAUGUUUUUGACUGAUAGUUUGAAUUGAAUAUGGUGGCAACAUCUACAGCCCGAGAACGAACAUAUAUACUGAACAAAAAUAUAAAUGCAACAUGCAACAUUUUCUAAGAUUUUACUGAGUUACUGUUCAGAUAAGGAAAUCAGUAAAUUGAAAUAAAUAAAUUAGGCCCUAAUCUAUAGAUUUCACAUGACUGGGAAUACAGAUAUGCAUCUGUUGGUCACAGAUACCUUAAAAAUAAAAGUAGGGGCGUGGAUCAGAAAACCAGUCAGUAUCUGGCGUGACCACCAUUUGCCUCAUGCAGCGCAACACAUCUCCUUCGCAUAGGGUUAAUCAGGCUGUUGAUUGUGCCCUGUGGAAUGUUGUCCCACUCCACUUCAAUGACUGUGCAAAGUUGCUGGAUAUUGGCGGGAACUGGAACACGCUGUCAUACACGUCGAUCCAGAGCAUCCGAAACAUGCUCAAUGGGUGACAUAUCUGGUGAGUAUGCAGGCCAUGGAAGAGCUGGGACAUUUUCAGCUUCCAGAAAUUAUCAUGCUGAAAUUAUCAUGCUGAAAUAAUAACCUCAAUGAAACAUGAGGUGAUGGCGGCGGAUGAAUUGCACGACAAUGGGACUCAGGAUCUCGUCAUGGUACUUCUGUGCGUUCAAAUUGCCAUCAAUAAAAUGCAAUUGUUUUCGUUGUCUAUAGCUUAUGCCUGCCCAUACCAUAGCCCCACCGCCACCAUGGGGUACUCUGUUCACAACGUUGACAUCAGCAAACUGCUCGCCCACACGACGCCAUACACAUGGUGUGCGGUUGUGAGGCCGGAUGGAGAUACUGCUAAAUUCUCUAAAAUGACGUUGGAGGUGGCUUAUGGUAAGGAAAUUAACAAAUUAUUUGGCAACAGCUCUGAAGGACAAUCCUGCAGUCAGCAUGCCAAUUGCAUGCUCCCUCCAAAACUUGAGACAUCUGUGGCAUUGUGUUGUGUGACAAAACUGCACAUUUUAGAGUGACCUUUUAUUGUCCCCAGCACAAGGUGCACCUGUGUAAUGAUCAAGCUGUUUAAUCAGCUUCUUGAUAUGCCACACCUGUCAGGUGGAUGGAUUAUCUUGGCAAAGGAGGAAUGCUCACAAAUAGGGAUUUAAACCAAUUUGUGCACAACAUUUGAGAGAAAUAAGCUUUUUGUGCAUAUGAAAAAUUUCUGGUAUCUUUUUUUAUUUCAGCUCACGAAACAUGGGACCAACACUUUACAUGUUGUGUUAAUUUUUUUGUUCAGUAUAUUAUUUAUAUAUACAUUGGUCCCAUGUUUAUAUAUACAGUUCAUUCAGAAAGUAUUCACACCCCUUGACUUUUUCCACAUUUUGUUGUGUUACAGCCUGAAUUUAAAAUGGAUUAAAUUUAGAGUUUUUGUCACUGGCUAACACACAAUACCCCAUAAUGUCAAAGUGGAAUUAUGUUUUUACAAGUUAAUUAAAAUGAAAAGCUGAAAUGUCUCUAGUCAAUAAGGAUUCAACCCCGUUGUAAUGGCAAGCCUAAAUAAGUUCAGGAGUAAAAAUGUGCUAAACAGGUCACAUAAUAAGUUGCAAGGACUCACUCUGUGUGCAAUAAUAGUGUUUAACAUAAUUUUUGAAUGUCAACCUCAUCUCUACACCCCACACAUACAAUUAUAUGUAAGGCCCCUCAGUCAAGCAGUGAAUUUCAAACACAGAUUCAACCACAAAGACCAGGAAGGUUUUCCAAUGCCUCGCAAAGAAGGGCACCUAUUGGAAGUUUACAUACACUUAGGUUGGAGAUAUGUUUUUCAACCACUCCACAAAAUUCUUGUUAUCAAACUAUCGUUUUGGCAAGUCGGUUAGAACAUCUACUUUGUGCAUGACACAAGAAAUGUUUCCAACAAUUGUUUACAGACAGAUUAUUUCACUUAUAAUUCACUGUAUCACAAUUCCAGUGGGUCAGAAGUUUACAUACACUAAGUUGACUGUGCCUUUAAACAGCUUGGAAAAUUCCAGAAAAUGAUGUCAUGGCUUUAGAAGCUUCUGAUAGGCUAAUUGACAUCAUUUGAGUCAAUUGGAGGUGUACCUGUGGAUGUAUUUCAAGGCCUACCUUCAAACUCAGUACCUCUUUGCUUGACAUCAUGGGAAAAUCAAAAGAAAUCAGCCAAGACCUCAGAAUCUUUUUUGUAGACCUCCACAAGUCUAGUUCAUCCUUGGGAGCAAUUUCCAAACGCCUGAAGGUACCACGUUCAUCUGUACAAACAAUAGUACGCAAGUAUAAACACCAUGGGACCACGCAGCCGUCAUACUGCUGAGGAAGGAGACGCGUUCUGUCUCCUAGAGAUGAACAUACUUUGGUGCCAAAAGUGCAAAUCAAUCCCAGAACAACAGCAAAGGACCUUGUGAAGAUGCUGGAUGAAACAGGUACAAAAUUAUCUAUAUCCACAGUAAAACGAGUCCUAUAUCGACAUAACCUGAAAGGCCGCUCAGCAAGGAAGAAGCCACUGCUCCAAAACCGCCAUAAAAAAGCCAGACUACGGUUUGCAACUGAACAUGGGGACAAAGAUCGUACUUUUUGGAGAAAUGUCCUGUGGUCUGAUGAAACAAAAAUAGAACUGUUUGGCCAUAAUUACCAUCGUUAUGUUUGGAGGAAAAAGGGGGCUGCUUGCAAGCCGAAGAACAUCAUCCCAACCGUGAAGCACGAGGGUGGCAGCAUCAUGCUGUGGGGGUGCUUUGCUGCAGGAGGAACUGGUGCCCUUCACAAAAUAGAUGGCAUCAUGAGGAAGGAAAAUUAUGUGGAUAUAUUGAAGCAACAUCUCAAGACAUCAGUCAGGAAGUUAAAGCUUGGUCGCAAAUGGGUCUUCCAAAUGGACAACGACCCCAAGCAUACUUCCAAAGUUGUGGCAAAAUGGCUUAAGGACAACAAAGUCAAGGUAUUGGAGUGGCCAUCACAAAGCCCUGACCUCAAUCCUAUAGUACAUUUGUGGGCAGAACUGAAAAAGUGUGUGCGAGCAAGGAGGCCUACAAACCUGACUCAGUUACACCAGCUCUGUCAGGAGGAAUGGGCCAGAAUUUACCCAACUUAUUGUGGGAAGCUUGUGGAAGGCUACCCGAAACGUUUGACCCAAGUUAAACAAUUUAAAGGCAAUGCUACCAAAUACUAAUUGAGUGUAUGUAAACUUCUGACCCACUGGGAAUGUGAUGAAAGAAAUAAAAGCUGAAAUAAAUAAUUCUCUCUACUAUUAUUCUGACAUUUCACAUUCUUAAAAUAAAGUGGUGAUCCUAACUGACCUAAGACAGGGAAUUUUUACUAGGAUUAAAUGUCAGGAAUUGUGAAAAACUGAGUUUAAAUAUAUUUGGCUAAGGAGUAUGUAAACUUCCGACUUCAACUGUAGAUGGGUAAAAAUAAAAAUAGCAGAUACUGAAUAUCACUUUGAGCAUUGUGAAGUUAUUAAUUACACUUUGGAUGGUGUAUCAACAAACCCAGUCACUACAAAGAUACAGGCUUCCUUCCUAACUCAGUUCCCAUAUAAGAAGGAAACCGCUCAGGGAUUUCAUCAUGAGGCCAACAAUUACAGAGUUUAAUGGCUGUGAUGGGAGAAGACUGAGGAUGGAUCAACAACAUUGUAGUUACUCCACAAUACUAACCUAAUUGACAGAGUGAAAAGAAGGCAGCCUGUACAGAAUACAAAUAUUUCAAAACAUGUAUGCUGUUUGCAAUGAGGCACUAAAGUAAUACUGCAAAAAAAUUUGUCAAAGCAAUUAACUUUUUGUCCUGAAUACAAAGUCUUAUGUUUGGGGCAAAUGAAAUACAACACAUUACUGAGUACCGCUCUCCAUAUUUUCAAGCAUAGUGGUGGCUACAUCAUGUUAUGGGUAUGCUUGUAAUUGUUAAGGACUGGGGAGUUUUUAAGGAUAAAAAAAUUAAUGGAAUGGAGCUAAGCACAGGCAAAGUCCUAGAUUAAAACCUGGUUCAGUCUGCUUUCCACCAGACACGGAGAUAAAUUAACUUUUCAGCAGGAUAAUAACCUAAAACACAAGGCCAAAUCUACACUGCACUGGAGUUGCUUACCAAGAAAACGGUGAAUAUUCCAGUGGCAGAGUUACAGUUUUUACUUAAAUCUGCUUGAAAAACUAUGGCAAGACUAAAAUUGUUGUCUAGCAAUGAUCAACCACCAAUUUGACAGAGCUUGAAGAAUUUUGAAAAGAAUAAUGGGCAAAUAUUGUACAAUCCAGGUGUGCAAAGCUCUUAGAGACUUACCCAGAAAGAUUCACAGCUGUAAUCACUGCCAAAUGUGAUUCUAACAUGGAUUGACUCAGGGGUGUGAAUACUUAUGUAAAUGAGAUAUUUCUGUAUUUCAUUUUCAAGAAAUUAGCAAACAUUUCUAAAAACAUGUUUUCACUUUGUCAUGAUGGGGUUUUGUGUGUAGAUGGGUGAGGAAAACAUUUUUUAAAUCCAUUUUGAAUUUAGGCUGUAACACAACAAAUUGUGGAGUAAGUCAAGCGGUAUGAAUACUUUCUGAAGGCACUGUAAAUAAGGAACCAGGAUCAGGCAGCUUUUCUGCCACCACAGAAAAGCUGCCCAGCCACAAACAUUCCUUCCUAUGCAUGGCCCUGUUCAUCUGUGACUGUUCCUGUUUCAUUGUGUAAUUCAAGUCGUACUGCAUUUCAUUACAUGCCAUUUAUUUCUGUCAGAAUUUCCAUGGAGCCAUAUCAAAACUGAAUCCAUUCCACUCUUUAAUUACAGUAAAGAUUCCAAUUAAUAUAAUUAACAUUGUUGGUGGUGGUGCUUGUAGCGAUGAUUAUGAUGAUUGUGAAAUGCAGAGAUGUGUUAAUGAAUAUGGUGAAAAGGAUGAUCCCUUUAAAAUAACAAUGACUUUCAUUGUUCAGAAGGGCACUGAAGAUUCAAAGUUACUUGGGGACAAGGAGAGGCAGGAGGAGGAAAAGCCAAAAACAGUGAGUUUGUUACAUAAUUUAUACCACACACACAUGCACACACACACACACACACGUUCUACUAUCCUUGCGGGGACCUAAAAUACAUGACCAUUCAAAAUCUUAUUUACCCUACACCUAACCACUAACCAUAAUUCUAAUUCUAAACCUAAACCUAACCCCUAAGCUGAAAAUAGCCUUUGUGAUUGUGGGAAAUGUCCCCACGAGAGAUAAUUUUCCUUGUUUUACUACCCUUGUGGGGAGGAUAGAAAAACAAGACCACAUACACAAUCAAAGUUGCUUCUCUCUUUCGAAAGUCCCCUCUCUUCCUUGUCUCCACCUCUUCCUAAAGUUCCCACCAGCCUUUGCUUCUCUCUAACUCCCACAAAGUCACAGGAACAUAACAGUGAGUGACUGAGUGUCCUUGUCAGGUCAAAAGCAAUCUGAUCCAGAGAGAGAGGAAGGAGAGAACUGAAACACAGCUGGCAUUUCCUCCCAGACCCACUGAAGAGGUAGGCAAAUGGCUCAAAAUGCUCCUCCUUACCGUAUGUGUCAUUUUUAAUAUAUCUCUGCUUAGGUUGUCUCUCACCAUUCCACAGGAGCUGAAGGGUACAGCCUUACAUGACAGACUGAAGAAGAGGGAGACGGACGACAAUCAGGUACGGUUUACACCAGUCGUGUUCAUUUCUGGAUGUGUGUUAUCUACAGUGGGGUCUGAAUUUAGUCAAAGAUCAUACCCCCAAGACAUGCUAACCUCUCACUAUUACCAUUAACGGGGAGGUUAGCAUGUCUUGGGGGUAUGAUCUUUGACCCUCUAACUUUCUCACUCAUCAUUAUUCACGAUUAAUUCAGGAUUAUCCAAAAUCAUGGUAGCAUCCACAAUAGGGCUGUCCCCGACAAAAAUAAAUAAAUAAAAUGUGUCGACAGAAAGUCGUCUGUUCUUUUGACCAAUCGAUUGGUAGACAUUUUUUUACAUUUAUUUUUCCAUAUAUAAACAUUUACACUACCGUUCAAAAGUUUGGGGUCACUUAGAAAUGUCCUUGUUUUCAAAAGAAAAGCAAUUUUUUUGUCCAUUAAAAUAACAUCAAAUUGAUCAGAAAUACAGUAUAUACAUUGUUAAUGUUGUAAAUGGCUAUUGUAGCUGGAAACGGCAGAUUUUUAAUGGAAUAUCUACAUAGGCGUACAGAGGCCCAUUCUCAGCAACCAUCAGUCCUGUGUUCCAAUUGAACGUUGUGUUUGCUAAUCGAAGUUUAUCAUUUUAAAAGGCUAAUUGAUCAUUAGAAAACCCUUAUGCAAUUAUGUUAGCACAGCUGAAAACUGUUUUGCUGAUUAAAGAAGCAAUAAGCCUUCUUGAGACUAGUUGAGUAUCUGGAGCAUCAGCAAUUGUGGGUUCAAUUACAGGCUCAAAAUGGCCAGAAACAAAUAACUUUCUUCUGAAACCCGUCAGUCUAUUAUUGUUCUGAGAAAUGAAGGCUAUUCCAUGCAAGAAAUUGCCAAGAAACUGAAGAUCUCGUAAAAUGCUGUGUACUGUUCCCUUCAUAGAACAGCGCAAACUGGCUCUAACCAGAAUAGAAAGAGGAGUGGGAGGCCCCGGUGCACAACUGAGCAAGAGGACAAAUACAUUAGAAUGUCUAGUUUGAGAAACAGGCGCCUCACAGGUCCUCAACUGGCAGCUUCAUUAAAUAGUACCCGCAAAACACAAGUCUCAACGUCAACAGUGAAGAGGCGACUCUGGGAUGCUGAACUUUUGGCAGAGUUGCAAAGAAAAAGCCAUAUCUCAGACUGCCCAUCUUAAUAUUUUCUUUUUAUUGGCCAGUCUGAGAUAUGGCUUUUUCUUUGCAACUCUGCCUAGAAGGUCAGCAUCCCAGAGUCGCCUCUUCACUGUUGACAUUGAGACUGGUGUUUUGCUGAUGCUCCAGAUACUCAACUAGUCUCAAGAAGGCCAGUUUUAUUGCUUCUUUAAUCAGCACAACAGUUUUCAGCUGUGCUAACAUAAUUGCAAAAGGGUUUUCUAAUGAUCAAUUAGCCUUUUAAAAUGAUAAACUUAGAUUAGCAAACACAACGUGCCAUUGGAACACAGGACUGAUGGUUGCUGAUAAUGGGCCUCUGUACGCCUAUGUAGAUAUUCCAUAAAAAAUCUGCCAUUUCCAUGUACAAUAGCCAUUUACAACAUUAACAAUGUCUACACUGUAUUUCUGAUCAAUUUGACAAAGAAAUUGCUUUUCUUUCGAAAAGAAGGAAAUUUGUAAGUGACCCCAAACUUUUGAACGGUAGUGUAUGUGUUUAAUAAAAUCAACUAUAUGCAUUGAGCUUACCUGAUGCUUUAAGCUUACUGUUUGAUUAAAUAUAACACAAAUUACUCAAGAGGGAGCCAGAGAACUAGAUAAUCAACAAAAAAAGUAACCUGACCCAACCAUUCUCCUCCCUCUCCUGCUGGCUUUCGCAGAUUCUGCCAUUACUCUCCUGGAGUUGCCGGUAAUAGGCUAAAUGAGGAGACGGCAACCUUUCUCAUGUGGAAUGCCAAUUUAUCUUACCAUUUCUACCGACCUGUGUGCCAGUUAUGGUUUUCAUAUGUACAUUUUUGUGGAACAGUUUCAUUUAUAAUAACGUCUUCAUAUUUCAAAAUCCUUCUCAUGUGAUUAAUCAAAAUUAGAUUCAAAUCUAAAUGAAAAUGAUACAAACCUAUGUAAAAAAUAGCCUACAUAAAGCCAACAAAUAAAAACAUUAUUUAGAAAAUAUCCUGAUAAAAAUAAAUAUCCUAUAAAUCACAUUGGCUACACAUGGCCUGUUUGCAACGAACUUGAAACAUUGUAUCAACUAUUAACUUUGGUCUUGCCCGAAGCUUGUGCUAGCCAACUUGCAACAUUGUAUAAAAUAUUCUGGGCCCUCAGAGUUUCCGUGCCAGUGAGCUCGGGACAGACACAGCUGUAGGCUAUUUGCGCAAGGGAUAAAAAGCAGUGCUUGACUUGGGCAGGAGCUCACCGGAGCUGAGUACCGACAUCUCACAUUUUCUACUGCUUGAGCUCCUGUUCCUUUUAUAGAAUAUUAGCUCAAAAGUAUUGUGGAGCUCCAGUACUUAAACAGUACCAGCACCCAAAAUGAGUACUGGAACCUAUUUCAGUCCAAGUCAAGCACUGAUAAAAAGUAAAUCAGGUAGGCCUAUUUGAUGACGUUUCAACUGGAUCAGAGCAUGACAUUUUUCCCUUUCACGCUGAGUGGUUAUCGAAAGGGAGAGAGCUGGAAAGAUUUUUAAAAUACAUUGAGGAAUUAUUGUCAUUCUCAAUGGAUGUAAAAACAGACUUCAUUUGCUUGCUGUUUGAGGUGAAGAAAACAUUACUUUGAGAAGCUCUACAGCUCAUUAGUGGUGGUGCAUUAAGCCUGAAAAUAGCUGUGCAGCGACACACCCCAUCCAACCUGACAGAGCUUGAGCGGAUCUGCAGAGAAGAAUGGGAGAAACACCCCAAAUACAGGUGUGCCAAGCUUGUAGCGACACACCCAAGAAGACUCAUGGCUAUAAUCGCUGCCAAAGGUACUUCAACAAAGUACUGAAUACUUUAUGUAAAUCUGAUAUUUCAGUUAUUUAUUUUUAAUGAAUUUACAAACAAUUCUAAACCUGUUUUUGCUUUUGUCAUUAUGGGGUAUUGUGUGUUGAUGGAUGAGGGGGGAAAAAAACAUUUAAUCCAUUUUAGAACAAGGCUGUAACGUAACAAUGUGGAAAAAGUCAAGGGGUCUAAAUACUUUCCGAAUGCACUGUUGCUCAGUAUUUUAAUUGUUUAUUUUAUACAGUCAUUGUUGCUCAUCUUUAUCAAGGAUGUCAAUAAUGUCGGACCCGUCUGUAUAUGCAGCGUACCGGUGUCUCUGUUUAAUAAAUGCACAAUUGAGAUAGUGACUGUAUUUGUCCUUCUGGCUAAUUCAGGCUAACCGUAAUAUGAUCCCGAGCGAGAGGAAGGGGAAAACUGCUGUAACUCCAGUGGUUCCUCCCAGACCCACAGAAGAGGUAGGCUAGGAUGAUUCUGACUGAUCAGGAUUCAUAAUCAUGUCUAAAUGAUCUGUAUCUAUCAGUUAUCCUGUGUCAUGGUGGCUCAUAUAGCAGGAUUUUGUCUUAUGUUUCCAGGAGAUGAACAGACUAGCCAGACGUGGUCAGCAAAAACCUAAAAAAUACAAUCCGGUAAGCACACGCACACACACAUGCACAUACACACACACACACACACACUCACUCCUUAUCUGUAAUUUAUUUUCUAGGACCAAUCUGACGAUCAAUGCCUUAAAGAGGGUGAAUCUCUCUUCCCGGUGGAAAAAGAGGAGGAAGAGGACAAGGACAGAGAGGAGGCCAAGGUUAACCCUACAGAUAGCACAGCAGUAAGAGUUUGUUUUCAUCAUAUUUUCUACAUCCCCUAGACCUGGGCCUGUAUCCACAAAGCCUCUCGGAGUAGGAGUGCUGAUCUAGGAUCAGGUUUGGUUUUUAGAUCGUAAUUAAUAUGAUUAUAUGGACAGGUGGGGUCCUGAUCCUAGAUCAGCACUCCUACUCUGAGUCGCUUUAGGAAUAUGGACACAGUGCUCCAUCCUUGCUGUGGCCAUGCAAAUAUCUUUCCAGAUUUUCUCACAAUGUUUCUAAAAGUCACUAUGAGGUAACUAAAUGAACACUUCCCUUUACGUUAACGUAUUAAUUUGUAUUCUGUUGUUCUUAGGCCAAGGUGAAAAUACCCACGAGACACAAUCCGUUCAUGCCACGUGGUGCUGGAGGCAAGGUAACAUUCAAACCUCUAUUUUCAUGCACUUAUCUGUUGAUCUCCCAUUGUGUACAUUACCGUUCCCUUCCUCCAGGUGUUAACUAUAGUUUGUGUGGGGGUUUACAAUAUACAUGUUAUGGUUCCGUUGUGGGAUAACUAGAUAGUACUGUAGUGUAAAAGUUGUUAUAUUUGACUUGUGUCUGUUUCAGGGUAAAGCCAUGCAGAAGAAGAGUGAACCCCAGCAGGGAGUUACAGGCAGUGACUCAACAGAGGUAGCUCUGCACCCUGACUCUCCUACUAACACUGUUCUACCACAUACCGGUACUGUUGUAAUGGAUAACUACUGUACAACCAUCACGCCUGAGUUAUUUUUUGUGUGUAUCCUACGGCUUGACUGCCCAAGCUGACAGACUGAAAAGUGUCCCAGCAUUGCAAAAUGGCCGUCACAUUAGAUGACUAGCUCUUUUUUUCUAGGUCACCAGAAAGAUUUUCCCACAGGGUAUUCUCUGACUCCCAACUAAGAAAAUGAUGGUCAGGUGGUGUUUUUUUCUCUCUUCUGUUCUUUUUUUCUUUCUCUACCUAUCAAACACCCAGCCACACACCACCUCGCCCCUUCCUUUGCAUUGCGAAUUAGAUUAGAUUGCUAUUUGCCUAAACUUGUUCCCCUACUUCCUGUAUCUUUGAACCCAGGAAGAUUUUAGAUCCUCCACUUCUGCAAAACAGCAGAGAAAGGAACUGAAAUCUAAAAUCGCAACUUGAAAUCUGAAACUGACCACAUAUGUUCUCAUUUCUGGCUUGUGAAUCUGAUCUCUUUUUGAAUAAUUGUCUCCAUAUCUUUGUUGCUCACUACAAUGUUGCUACUCUGGCAUGACAAACAUUGGUUUGCCAAGACAUAUUCUAAAUAUCUUUAGUGUGUAGAAUGUAUACAUAACAACAUGUAAUUUAUCACCCCCGCCCUCUCUCAGAACAAAGAUGGAAAUAAAUCAUUAUUCGACCAAUUGGAGGUAUUCCGUAUUAAUCCAGCUGAGCCAGAGAAUCAGGUUGGUUUCUGUAAACAAUGUUAAUAAUAUCUGUGCUCUUAAAUACCCACAGACUUUUCACACUUGGUUUCCUCUCACUAACUGCCAUGGAGUUGUGCAUUUGAUUGAAAUAGAUUUUUGAUUGAAAGCUGACUUAGGAAGAUGUGUCUCUCAGCAGAAUAUGGAUGGCCUGAUGGAGUGGUGGAGCACAGUGGAGCGUGAGUCCAACACGCACACAUACACACAGUACUGGCAUAGGGGUAUUCCUUAGACUUGAUCCAAAUGAUGCCCUUUCUCUUUUGCUGCAGAGUGGGAAGACAUGCCUCAAGAGGAUGACAUGACUGAAAAAGAGGAGGCCAAGUAAGUGAUUCUACAGUUGGGUGUUACCUUAUGUGCAUGCACCUGUAUAGAACAGCCAUGUUCUAAAGCUGGUAAUUGGGUAAUUCAUACUAUAGUUAGUAAGCAUGGAUAAUACUAAUUCAUCUAAACUUGUUUUUUCAGGGUGUUUGCAGUGACAGCUGAGAAGGUGCAGAAAGGUAUCCGUGUGUUCAACAAGCUGUUCUCAGAGCGUGCAGAGAGCCUGUGGCAGCACGUCAUUGACCUUAACAGCAUUGCAGACGCCCUCGACUGUUUCAACAAGAAGACCAAGAUCGCUCAAAUCACUGGCGGCUCCACCAGCGCUGUAGGAGGCGUAUGUACCAUUGUAGGCCUCGCCCUGGCCCCCGUCACUUUCGGAACCUCCCUGAUUGUCACGGCAGUGGGGCUGGGAGUAGCCACGGCGGGCGGCCUCACCACGGCUGGAGCCGGAAUCUCCAACACGGUCAACAACUCCAUGGACCGCAAGAAGGUGGAGGCCAUCGUGACGGACUACCAGGAAAAGAUGAACGACAUCAACAAGUGCAUGCUGUUCAUCAAGCAGGGGAUUGAGAGCCUGCGCAGGUUCGACCUGCUGAAGAUGAAGAAGCAUGCGUACAACCGCGACUUCCCGGGUCUCAACAACAUCUACGAGGAUGGCGCCAUGGCUGGGAAGGCCAUCCUCAUUAACGCCAAUGAGAUGAUGCGUGUGGUGCAGAUCGCCAACGUGGCGGGCAGCACCGCAGCCAGAGCUGUCCAGAUUGCCAGCAUGGCCACCGGAGUGCUCACUGGCCUCUUUGUGGGCAUGGACAUCUAUUUUGUGGCCAAGGACUCCAAGGAGCUGAAGAAGGGAGCCAAGUCAGAGUUUGCUGCCAAGAUCAGGGAGGUGGCGACCCAGCUGCAUGAUGGACUGGUGGAGCUCAAUGGCAUACGGGUUGAGCUGCAGUCCUCAGAUCCAGGCAACACCAAUGAGACCAACACCCCAGACACAGAUAAUACCAAUUAUAGCAAAAAACUGGACGUCUCUGAUGACUAUACUGACAACUAUAAAACCUCUGACAACAAAAGCAUUGUUGAUAACAGCAAUACUUCAGAUAACAGCCAUCAGACCAGAAAAUCCUAAACUGUAUUUCCAACCCAUCUCAACAACGACACAUCCUGUCAGCAUUAACACUACUAGGAGCAACGUUGAGGCUCUGAUUCCUAAGUCUCUCUUUGAUAGCACAAGCACCCAUGCCUGAAACUGUUUCUUUUUUACAGACUGCAAAGAUAGAAACAGAUGACAUCUCCAGUCAUCACUGGCUUGGGUUAAGAACUGUUAUUAAAAUAAGUAUUUUGUACGACAAGAUCAUGUCCGCAUUUUCCGUUGUGUUGCCCCAAAGAGUUGUAUUGUUGUUGUGUGCAUUGUGCCUGUCUUGACAAUAUUAUAUACAGUACUUUAUGAAAAGUAAGGGUUGUAAGUUAAAGCUGUUUGUUCAUGGGGGCAGGAAAUAGUUCACAGAUGCAAAUGAUAGAAUUAUGUUUAUUUUUUACAAAUACAAAUACAUUCUCAUUAAGGAAGGAAUCAGUCUAUCUAUAUUUUCAAAUAGAGACUAAUGUAAAAAGCUAAACGUAAUAUUUUAAAGUUCAGCCAAAUAUUUUGAUGGUUUAGAUUUUUGAUAGGAUAUAGAUCUAGCUAGAUAUAUAUGUACAGUUGAAGUCGGAAGAAGCAUACGUACAGGUUGGAGUCAUUAAAACUUGU